AUGAAUCUGGUCGAGGCCCUGCAUGACGAAGCCACGGAUGUCGGGCUCGAUCUUGUUGCGGAUGAUGCAUUUCUGUUACCAGCUGAUCUUGCAGCACUUUGCCCAUCAGAUCGCUCAAGACAUGCAGGUUUUCAGCUUUGGGCCCCAGAAAACAAGACCCAACUCUUGCGUUUGCAAGUCUUUCACCAUGAUGAGCAACAUCGCCCAUGGUGCUACUUUUAUCUAUUGGUCAAGGAACGUGUAAAGUUCUUCAAUUCACAGUUGUCCACAAUCCACAGCCAACGAUACUUGCUAUCAAAGCAAAAAAAGAAGUAUUUGAAGGGCAUUGAACCCAACCCGAUUCGAACGGAUAACCUUCAGGAGAUUCCAAGUAAACUGGAAUCUGACGCGCUACCGUUGCGCCAUGGGUCCUGUUGUUACUAA